AUGAUGUCUCGUUCGUUCCAUAGUCAUAAUGAACCAAGAACAAGAUCACAAUAUGUUUCAGAUCCUUAUUGUCAAUUAGCUAGACGAAAACAGUUUGAGGAAGAAUUAGAAGCUAUUCGUUCUCAAUCACGUUCGAUUUGGUCGAAACCUGAUACAUCACAAACAACACAUGGCCAUUUUUUUGCUGAUCCAGAACAAACUCAGCGAACUUUGACACGACCAACAUCAGCUGGACGAAAAAAUAAUCCACAUCCAAAAUUAGUUUUUAUGAGAACAGGUAUGCGAGAAAUUCCAAAUGCUUAUGGUGCACCACCAGCUCGUCUACCAUCGCGUGAACAAACAUCGAAUCAUUUACCAACACCAGCUCCUGAUUAUUUAGAAGAAAUGCAAAAUUUAACAUCAGCUGAGCGACACGGUGCUAGUGCUUUUUUAAAAGCAGCUAAUGAAGAUUCGAAAGUACAUGUUGUAGAAGCAGUUAAGAAUUAUCGGAUUCUAAUGAAAAAUGAAUACGAAUGUCCACCGAUUGGUGCAGCUGCAGUUCGUCGAGAAGAUGGAAGUCGAAGUGCCUAUUAUCCAUCAAUGAAUCAAUAUCGACAAGCUCUACAAAAUGAUAAAGAAUUCAAUGCUGUGAAUAAAGCUGUUGAAAAUUCUGAAAGUCAGUUAAAAUUAACUGAUGAUCAAUCACCUCAAGAACCGGUUCUUAAACGUAACUAUCGAUAUCCAAAUCGUGCGCCAGGUCAUUUUCAACGUCGUAGCCAUAGUCAUAAUCAUUGUCCAUGGCCAAUAGCUCGUCAACCAUUUCGUGGUGAUUAUUCGAUUCAUAUGGAUUGGCAUCCACGUUUACCUCAUCAUCGUUUAACAUGUUUAUGUUAA